AUGAAGGAGGUGGCGAUUGCGGCUUUUACUCUUCUCUCUAUGAAGAACUCGCGGACGCCAGCAAGAGCAGAGCCGGAACCUCGGGAUCUUCCACCAGUCCCGAUGCUCCACGGAAUCAUCGGGCAAUGCUCUCAGCCCUAUGUGAAGGCGUUGACGUCAACUGAUACGAAAGUUGACCAGGGCAGGAUUUUCAUCGCGAAACAAUUUGUGAAGGACUCUCUCUUACCGUUGCUGAACAAAGACGAAAAACUUGACCUUAUUGGAAUUCCGGUCUCCGUUUACGAUCUCAAGGGUGUGAGAUGCGAAAUGAAGUUCAAGUGCUGGUCGUCAAAGUACUACGUUCUUACAGGAGGCUGGGGAGCGUUCUGCCGUAAACAUCAUGUGAAGCCGAAAGAUGACGUCAAGCUGUGGGUGUUCCGCCAUAAUGAAAAUGAUAAGCUUUGCUUGGUCAUCCUUUUUGAGAAGAUGAAAAAGUAG